UGUAGAAAUCAAAGUAUCACAAAAUAGAAAAAGGAAAACCAGCGUCUUGGUUCUUAAUUUUUCAUUCCUAAACUCUUCAUCGACAGCAGAGACGCCUUCCAUAUUCCACUGGUGAUCAACCGCCUGCCACCGGCAAUCAAAUCGGAAAACUUUUUCCGGUGACCUAGCAUCUCCGAGUGAUUAAGUUUGAAUUAAGUCUGCAUUUCAGUAGCUAAAAUGGCGGAUGAAGCAAGCAGAACAGCAUUUAUUGAGAUUCAAGGACGCAUGAUUGAGACUACUUCAAAAUUGAAGCAGGUGCAAAACCAAAUCCGAUCUAAAGAAACAGAAAAGAAGCGUGCUUACUUAACCUUGGAGGAGUUGCGACAAGUGCCUGAUGACACAAAUACAUACAAAUCCAUUGGAAGAACGUUUGUACUGGAGCCAAAAUCGGUCUUGAUUGAUGAACAGGAACAGAAGUUCAAGGACAGUGAGACUGCAAUUGCUUCUUUACAGACUUCUAAAGAGUACCUGGAGAAACAGAUGGGGGAAGUGGAAAACAACCUAAAGGAGCUGCUGCAACAAGAUCCUGGUCUCGCCAGCCAAAUCAUGUCUCUUUCAGUAAUGUGAAGACUUCGCUAAGUCACUAUUUUUAUGUGCCAAGGCAAAUACUUGUAUAGAGGAACAAUCUACUCUUACCACAAUAAGUAUCACUUUGGCAAAAAAUUUCAAGUUAUUAUAUUGGUAAGUGAUACUCCCCCUGUCCCUACAUAGAAGUCUCUUAUCACUACAAAUUUGUGUUAUUGAAAGUCCGUUUAUGAAAGGCCAUUUUUUCAC